AUGGUCAAGACGGUUGUUAUUCUCGGUGCGGCUUACGGCGGUCUGGCCACCGCUCAUCGAUUGCUCAAGUACACACGCCAGACAGAGCAAGACCUCAGAGUGAUAUUGGUUUCAAAGACAACCCAUUUCUACUGGAACCUGGCCUCCGUCCGUGCCGUUGUGCCUGACAUCGUCAACGACGAGCAGAUCUUCCAGCCGAUUGAGGCGGGUUUCGCCAAGUAUCCAAAGGAAAGCUUUGAGUUCGUGCUCGGCACGGCCACGGGUCUUGACGUGGCCCGCAAGUCGGCUCUCGUCACUACCCCGUCCGGCCCCCGGUCCCUACCCUAUGACUACCUUGUUCUCGCCACUGGCGCCCGCUCCGCGAGCCCGGACAUGCCAUGGAAAGGCGCCAACUCAUACGAGGAAACCCUUGAUCUGCUACACAAGACGGCCGAGGGUGUCAAGGCGGCAAAGCAUAUCGUCGUGGCGGGCGCCGGCCCCACGGGUGUUGAGUGCGCCGCCGAGAUCCGCUUCGAGCACAAGGAUAAGGAGGUCAUCCUGCUGUCGGCCCACAAGGAGAUACUCGGCGGCGACACCAUUGCCAAGGGCGUUGAGAACGAGAUCGUACGGCUGGGGGUACAGGUCAAGAAGAACGCGCGAGUGAGAACCUCACGGCCGCUGCCAGACGGCAAGACGGAGGUGAUGCUCGUCACUGGGGAGACCAUCAAGACGGAUCUGUACAUGCCGACGAUGGGCCUCGUGCCGAACACCGAGUACCUCGACGCCAGCCUACUCACCGAGCACAAGUAUGUCAACGUGGAUGACUGCAUGCGCGUCAAGGGCGCCGAUAACGUCUGGGCGUGCGGAGACAUCGUCACAUCUCCGCGCGCCGGUUUCAUGCUCACGGACAAGCAGGCCGCCGGCGUGGUCAAGAACAUCGAGCUCGCCAUCAAGGGCAAGGAUCAGUUGGCCGUGAAGGGCAUGCCAGUCGACGUCUUUGUGUGCUCCACUGGCCGCAGCCGCGGCGCGGGCCGCGUCGGCAUCGUCAAAGUGCCCUCCCUCUUCGUCUGGGGUUUGAAAUCCAGGACCCUGGGGAUGAACUGGACUCAGCCAUACACCACUGGGGCCCAGUGGUGA